UCUAGAAGGCUUAUUGCGUCACUGCAAGCGCGGUCACACUAAGUAAACAGAUUAAUUAAUAUUCAAAAUUAUAUUCAAAAUUUGUACAUUAUGCGACUGCUGGUGCUUUACGGCAGUCAAACCGGCACUGCCCAGGAUGUGGCGGAGCAAAUCUGGCGGGAGUCGCAUCAACUGGGCUUCCAGGGCCCGGUGCUGCCCUUCGAGGAGUACGACAUGUCCAGGCUGAUCGAGGAGCGCCUCGUGGUCUUCGUGGUGGCCACCACCGGCGAUGGAGUGGAGCCGGACAACAUGAAGCUGGCCUGGCGGUUCCUGCUGAAGCGCAGUCUGCCCGCUCAAUCCCUGCAAGGAAUGCAGUUCGCCUGCCUCGGACUGGGCGAUUCCAGCUAUCCGAAGUUCAACUAUGCCGCCAAGAAACUGAGCAAGAGGCUGCAGAAUCUGGGAGCCACAUCCGUGUGUCCAGUGGGUCUGUGCGAUGAUCAGCAUGACUACGGGCAUUUGGGCGUGUCCCUCGUCUGGACGAAGGAUCUUUGGGUGGCACUAAAGAACAUUUCUGGCUUGGAUGAAAGCAAACUAAAUGGCAGUAACCAAACCAUACAAAAGUGGUUGGUAAAGGAGCUACCCAAAGAUUCCGAAAUCACCGCCACGGAAAGCCUGCUCUGGACACAAAAGCAGACCUCCCACUCCUUUAAAAUCCAGGAUAACCAAAGAACUACGGCAGAGGAUCACUUUCAGGACGUGCGCUUCCUAAGGUUGCAAUGUUCGAAUGAAGAACUAAGUUGGGAACCUGGCGAUGUGCUAGAUGUUCAGCCGCAAAACAGCGAUGAAGCUGUCAAGACAUUCUUCGAUCUAAUCCACGAACACAGCUUGAGAUUCGAUGAGGACACUGUGGUGGCGGUGACCAGUGCCCAUUUGGACAUGCCGGUGCCCAAAGCCUAUGCCAUGCCUUUAAGCCUGCAGCAGGCUGCGAAAUAUGUCUGGGAUUUGAGUGCCAAGCCGCGUCAGCGAUUUCUCGAGGUGCUGGGCCAGAAUUGUAGCGAUGAAAUGGAAAAGGAGAAGCUCCUCGAGUUCUGCUCCGCCGAGGGAAUCGACGACCUGGUGGCUUAUGUGAACAGACCGCGGAGGAGUCUCCUGGAGGUUCUGGAGGAUUUCCGGCACGCCACCUCGAGUUUAACUCUUCAGCAGCUCUUCGAGAUGAUGCCGUUGAUCCAACCUCGCAGCUUUUCCAUAGCCUCGGAUGUGACUUCCUCAACUUUGGAUUUGCUGGUGGCUGUGGUGGAAUAUAAAACCAUUAUGCAUACACCGCGUCUGGGCUUGUGCUCCAAUUGGCUGAAGAACCUGCGUUCGGAAACGGAACUGCGAGGAGUGGUGAAGAAGGGAACCAUGGUCUGGCCAAAGGAUUUGACUAUACCCCUAAUUAUGGUGGGACCUGGCACGGGCAUCGCUCCAUUCCGUAGCGUUAUCCAUAACCGAUUGCAUGCUCAAUCACAAGGUUCCACCAUUGGUCCUUUAAUUGUUUUCUUUGGCUGCCGAAAUAAGACUGCUGACUUUCACUUUGAAAAGGACUUCUCCACGUGGUCAGAAGGCAAACAAGUAGAACCUUACAUUGCCUUUUCGCGGGACCAGGAUCACAAGGUCUAUGUCCAGCAUUUAAUAACCAAGAAUGGUAAUCACCUCGCAAAGCUUAUCAAAGACCUAAAUGCCUUCAUUUACGUGGCUGGAAACUCUAAUAACAUGCCAAAGUCCGUGAGAGAAGCCUUCAUCGAAAUCCUUGGUGGAGAUGCCGAUUACGUGGAUUUGAUGAUCAAGCAGCGACGAUAUCAGGAGGAAACCUGGGCGUAACACCUCGUUUAUUUGGGUAUAGUUCCUAUUUGUACAGUUCUGGACGGAAAUUAUACACUAAGUAAGGCAAUCCUAAAAGUCUUCCAACAACUUUUCCGACGACGUGUGGCAAAAGGGACAGUAGCCCUUCUGCAGAACCUGCAGCUCAAAGUCCUCAGCAUAGAAUAGCUAUAAAAACGAUUACUUAAUCAUCAUGGAAAAAUAUAGAAAUAUAGAAAAUAUAAACUCA